AUGCGCAUGGGAGGAACACCGAACAAACAAGGAUGCCGUCGCCUUGUUGGCGAUCCAACCAUGCCAAGCAACAGUCAACAGCGCAACAUGAACAAAUCUGUGGACCGUCCAAUGCUAUUUGAUCCGUCGAGUGUGGCCCCGACGUCGAUCACCGUCCCUGCUCUGCAACAAGCUCCCAGUAACGAUACCGAAGUCUCCUCGUGUGUGUCAGGCAACAGUCACCACAAUUGGCUUGAUGACUAUGGAAAGCAGAACAAAGAUACUCUUGCAGCUCAAGACGUUCAUACAAAGCCAAUCAAUAUUGCGGCGAAGGACCCUCGCUUUCACUGCAAGCGCAAGAACAAGUCGAAUGAUCGCAGCUCUACGGAAAAUCAUCAAAGACAAGCAGCUCCAGAGUCUCCCCCAAUGUUUCCUGAUGACCCCAUGGAAGGUACUCAAGUCUUUUUGGCUCCCGUGAUUGUCCCUCCAGCGGAAGCUGAUAAUCGUCGAGCGCAGGGAUUUCCUUCCCCACCCAUGAAGCGAUCGAGUGUCUUUGAAACCUCCAAUGCUGCUAUCGCUGCUGCCCAGGAAGCUCCAGGUCUGGCCGAGUCGUCCUCCCAGGAAACUUCGUCCUUGUCUUCGCACAACUCAUCGGCAGUAUCGGCAUUGACAAGCUCUACCACAUCCAGCAUGGCUGCUGCCUUGGUCAAGCGUCUGGUGGACAAGGGAUCCAUGCACAGCAACAGCAAGGCCCGCCUUCAGCGUCACCCUGCCACUGUUCGAAGCACUCCCAUUCGCAUCAAGCCACGAGUUCGACCACAAGAAGUGCAAGCCACUGAUCAGGGAUACGCUUCUGUCGCCAAGCUAUCUGCCUGGCUAGCCGAUGAUCCAACUUCCACCAAGAAGGUUCGUCAUGUCCGUCGUGGUGCCAAUGUCAUUGCCAAAUCACGCAAGUUUGAAAAGGACUUGGAAGGCGUCAUUUUGGAGGAGAACAACAUUAUGACGGGUGCCGUCAAGGAAAAGAAGGACUGGCUCAAGUCGGCUUUUGUGCACGAGGCGGCCGAGGACGAGGAGGAAGAUCAUGAUUGCUUUCAUCAUGACCCCAACCGACACAUGAUGAUGAUGCGCACUAAGCCUGUCAACGAUGACGAUUGUGCUCGCAGUGAGUUUGUGGUCAGCAAUGAUACGGCAUCUUCUAUCAGUGUCAGCGACAAGAAGAAGUGGCUACAGAAUGCCUUCAGGAAGGAAGAUGAAAGCAAUGGUCAGCGCCAGCGCCACUUCUCGAUCAAGGCCCGCAGUGAUAUCGGCCCUGUUCGUGAAAGUCGUGAUGAUAUCACCUCUCGGGCCAAGAGCAUGUGGAAACAAAAGUCGGAAAAGCGAGUCCCAGAAGCUCCCAUGAGCGCCCAAAAGUCAGUGGCAGCUCUGAGCCCCUACAACCAGCGCCUACCUGCGAUCCAAGAUACUCCACCUCGAAAGAGCUUGGAAGAACGAAUGCGAGAUGCUGUGGGUCCUCGUGCAUCGGCGCCGGCUCCCGUCAUGGCCCAGGCUGCCGCCGCGGCUGUUUCUCACCAGCCCCAGCAGGAGCGUCACUCGGUUGUGGGCGUUGUGCCCAUGGUGGAUGAAGAUACCACCUCGGUUGACUUUCGAGCUGCCCGCCAACUGCUGAUACAGCGAAGCAAGAAUAAUGGAAAUGAAUUGAAGGUUGCCUCGAAAGUGCAGCGACGAGCCGGCAAGUUUGAGCAAAUCAACAAGGACACCAAGCGUCGAAUGUCUGCAACAGGACUCCUGAAAUCUACUUGGGAAACAAACGGCAGUCCGGAUAAGGGGGCUUCAGAUGCAUACACCAAAAGCUUUGUUGAGGAUGUUGCCCCCAUGCGAUCGUUUGAAGAGCUUCCCUAG